AUGGGUAAAGGAAAGCCCCGUGGCUUGAACGCCGCCCGCAAGCUCAAGACCAAGCGUCGUGACUCCCGAUGGGCCGACCUGUCCUACAAGAAGCGCCUGCUGGGAACCGCCUACAAGUCGUCCCCGUUCGGUGGUGCUUCCCACGCCAAGGGAAUCGUCCUUGAGAAGGUCGGAGUCGAGGCCAAGCAGCCCAACUCUGCCAUUCGGAAGUGUGUCAAGGUUCAGCUGAUCAAGAACGGCAAGAAGGUCACUGCUUUCGUGCCGAACGACGGUUGUCUGAACUUCAUUGACGAGAACGACGAAGUUCUUCUGGCCGGUUUCGGUCGUAAGGGCAAGGCCAAGGGUGAUAUUCCUGGUGUCCGUUUCAAGGUCGUCAAGGUGUCCGGUGUCGGUCUGCUGGCCUUGUGGAAGGAGAAGAAGGAGAAGCCUCGCUCGUAA